GUUAGAGAAAGACAAACUACUCUCGUCUUGCCGAUUCCUCCUGACAUGACUCCAGAGAUAAAAGCUCAGGAAGUGGGUACACUGUUAAAACUGAACUGAAACUGAACAGAACAAAAUCGUCUUUGACGGAGGAUGGACUGAUCUCAUUCUGCCCGUUACUUUAUGUGCAGCAUUGAAAGAAAAACUUCUCCACCUCAGAGUUAGAUCCCAAACACCAUCAUGCAAUAUACAAGAAGUUGGCCUCUGUUCCUUGUUCCUCUUCUGUCUUUCCUGCUUCAUUACAACCCCUUACUGGCUUUUUCACUGAAAAACUGCACAAUUGAGUACUCUGAAGAUGCGAAUGAGCUGUUGGUUACAUGUGAAUAUCGCAGCCUCACUGCUAUUCCCGACGACAUUCCCAGAAAUGCAUCAUCACUGGAUCUCAGCUCAAACAGCAUUUCAAAGAUCACCAGGAGAGAUUUAAAAUAUUUAACAAAGCUCACUGUUGCAAUAUUGGACUAUAAUUUGAUUUCCCACAUUGAUGAUGGAGCUUUUGCAGACUUGGAGAAGUUAAAGUUCCUCAACCUGUCCAACAAUAAUCUUACAAAAGUGACCGACAAAAUGUUUCAACGACUGUCCAAACUAGUCAAGCUAUCUCUAGAGAGUAACUGUAUCAGUUAUAUCUCCCCUGUGGCCUUUCAGUCCCUGGUCAGCUUAGAGGAAUUAGAUCUGGGCUCUAAUUACCUACAACAAAUAACAGAUGUUGCUCCCAUCUUUAAACUAUCAACUUUAAAUAAGUUGUCUCUUGAGAACAACACGUUGACCUCUUUUCAAUCAGACGACCUGCCUUUAAACAUCUCAAAGAUAAAGACCCUGUAUCUGACUAUGAACCCUCUGAGAAAGUUCAGUCUUACAAAAGACAUCUUUCCUCAUUUGUGGUCUCUCGAGUUAAUUAAUUGUAGCAGCGACAUUGAAUGGGACGUAUCAAACAAGACCUUUCUGAGAAACCUAACUAGUUUGUUCCUAGGUGGAACUUAUAUUAGCUUUGAGUCGUGCCGCAUGGUGCUGCAGACCACUGAGUCACUACAAACACUUUUUCUGAUAUCGAUGAAGGCGAGGAUAGAUGAAGGUCUCAUAGACGUCGCCUGCCAAAUUCCUUCUCUAAGAACUCUUGAUUUAGUGUAUAACCACAUUUUCAGCAUAGACGACAACCUGCUGAAGUCUUGUUCUCAGGUCACUGACCUCAGUUUAUCUUCUAACAAGCUGUCCAAGAUGUCAGAGCAUUCACUCAGAUCGAUUUCACAGCUCAGGUAUCUGGUUUUGGGCAAUAACGAACUGACCAAAGUGCCCCUCGCACUCACAGGACUCUCCACACUGGAAACCUUGGAUCUGAGCUUAAACUACAUUACUGAACUCGACUGUAAUGCAUUCAUGAAUUUGACAAGAUUGACAACGCUACAAAAAUUUCAUUUCAAUAAUGAAAGGAUGUGUUUUUCAAAACUUGAAUGAUUUGAAAGAACUUAAUAUUGGAGAAAAUGCUGUUUUUACUUUUGACAAUACCUUCAAGGUUGGCUUGCAGAAACUCAAAUCUUUGAGUU